AUUGGGACGCCUCAGGCUUUUUAAACAAACUUUUGCUACUUGCGGAACAGAUUAACAGGCAGUCUAGGGACUGGUGGUGGUGUAAUUUGCUCUUGUGAGACAGAUGAGGCACCUGACCGAGGGGAACGAUAAUAAAAGUACCGAACAAAGAUAUCGAGCGCUAUCUACUCCGCCGCUGCAGCUGCGUAGUGUGAAGUGUGAACACUCCAAUGGCGUCCGCUUUCUCGCUCUCCUCCUUCCUCUCUCCUCCUCUCCCCUGCCCUUCUCGAAACGAGCAUAGCUCGCAUUUGGCUUCCGCUAGGGUUUCAGUGCGGUGCGCCGCCCCCCUCGGAUAUCGUCCGAGGAGGAGGGAGCCCUCCCACCCGGCCACCCCCUCCUCCAGCAGCCGACGCGGCGGCGGCGGCCGCGCCUCCGGGCGCGGCGCUGCUGUGGCGGCGCCGCCGAAGCCGAAGCCGAAGCCGAAGCCGACGCCGACGCCGACGCCGGCGCCGGCGCCGAGGAAGCGGCACUGGAAGGAGGGGGAGUUCCCGGGCGCGUCGGAGGGGUCGGCGCCGCGGCCGCCCCCGAGGACGCCGAUCAAGAACCUGAAGAAGAAGGCCGACGACCGGGCGGCGGCGGCGGCAUGGGCGUGCACGGUCACCGAGGCACUCGCCGACAGGAUCCAGAAGAGGCAGUGGGAGGACGCUCUCGAGGUGUUUGAGAUGCUCAGAGAACAACCGUUCUACCACCCAAAAGAGGGCACAUACAUGAAACUUCUCAUACUCCUUGGAAAAUCAGGACAACCCGCUCGUGCGCAGCAACUCUUUGACUCGAUGAUAGAAGAAGGAUUACAACCAACUUCGGGACUAUACACUGCCUUGCUCGCAGCAUACUCUCGCAAUGACCUCCUCGACGAGGCAUACCAAGUCCUCAACACAAUGAAGACCCUCCCCCUCUGCCUACCGGAUGUCUACACCUACAGCACACUCAUUAAAGCCUGUGUCGAUGCAUUGAGAUUUGAUCUGGUUGAUUCCCUAUACAAAGAGAUGGAUGAGAGGUCGAUACAUCCCAACACAGUCACUCAAAACAUAGUUCUUAGUGGUUAUGGCAAAGCUGGGAAAUUUGACGAGAUGGAAAGAGUUCUCUCUGGAAUGCUUGAAAAUAGUUCUUGUAGACCUGACAUAUGGUCCAUGAACAUCAUUUUAGGCCUAUUCGGUAACAUGGGCCAGGUCGAAAUGAUGGAAAAAUGGUAUGAGAAGUUCAGGGAAUAUGGAAUUGAGCCUGAAACCCGGACCUUUAACAUUUUGAUCGGUGCCUACGGAAAGAGAAGGAUGUAUGAUAAGAUGUCUGCAGUUAUGGAAUACAUGCGCAAGCUGGCUUUUCCGUGGACCACCUCAACCUAUAACAACGUGAUCGAAGCAUUUGCUGACGUAGCAGAUGCGAAGAAUAUGGAGCUCGCAUUUGAUCAGAUGCGUGCCGAGGGGAUGAAGGCGGAUACGAAGACCUUUUGUUGCCUGAUAAAUGGGUUUAGUAAUGCGGGCUUGUUUCAUAAGGUGGUAAGCAGUGUUAAACUGGCUGAGAGGUUAGAGAUUACAAAGAAUACUAUGUUCUUUAAUGCAGUGAUAUCGGCCUGUGCCAAGGCGGGCGAUUUGAUAGAGAUGGAUAGGGUAUUUAAGACUAUGAAGGAUAGGCAUUGUGAGCCAGAUGCUAUGACGUACUCGAUUUUGGUGGAGGCAUAUAAGAAAGAAGGAAUGAGAGAUAAGAUUUAUGAUUUAGAGCAGGAGAAUCCAGGUUUGGUUGGGACUGUAGUUGCGGCUUAGUGGAAUUAUUGCAGAUCUUUUUAUCAUUCUGGACAUUACUCUCGCACCCAAAUGUCGAGUUCGGGAGUUAGUCGAUCAGUGAUGCUGGCUUAAAUUCAAGGCUAAAGCCAGGUUUGCCGAAGGAUAAAGAUUUUUGAAGUCUGCCAAUUAUGUUUAUGAAAGGUUUGAAGGUUUUAUGCGUGUUUUCCUAUGAAUCUGUGGGACUAUUAUCUGGCUGAUCAUUUUUUAAUUGUUGGUAACAGAUAGAUGCUGGAUAAAGGAAUGAUGAUCUGAUCUUUAGGUCCAGAGAUUAACAUCUGUCUCCUUUUGGUCUCAGCAUUUUAUUUACUUUUCUUUCUUUCUUUCUUUCUUUCUUUCUUUCUUUCUAUUGGGUGGUUUGUGUAUAGGAAAGUUGUUGACAUCCAACCGUAAGAAUUGUGUCUGUGCUAAUGAGAAUUUCCUUAAAACUGUAUUUUGUGCUCCCAAAUUUUCAAAUUGCUUAAAUCUGCAGCUUUAGUUAAAA